AUGGACCUGUCGCCGACGGCAGCAAGACGUCGCCCAUGUCUGCCCAUGUCUGCCCUGCAACCAACAAUACAUGGUAUACACACUACCUGGGCUCUGUGUAGACGAGUCUCCGCCUGCAGGGAGUUAAUCCCCGCUCCCACCAAUGGCUACUCCGCGCUGCCUGGUACUAUUCAGGGGGGGGACGUCCCUCAGAAAUGUCCUCACGGGGUUGCGCGCCAUGCGUUCCCAGCGACCAAUCCGCCAUCCAGACUUGGCCUGGCUAUUAUCAAGCCUCGUCGGAAUGACAGCAGUCGCAACGAUACUGGACCCGCUGCAUGCAUAUGUGGAACGGACCGUGAGAAUGGUGUCCCGCUAUCCACUCACGUCCCGCCGCCUCCCGAAACUGCCGCUUGGACGCCUCUUUGCCCUGUGCCUCAUGCAGAAGUCGUUCUGUCUGUCUCAUGCCCGAGGGCUCAAGCUUUCCCACAUGGCCUGCACCUAUCCGUAGCACUGCCCAUAGCGUCUCCCCAAAUGUAG